GUUCGGUACCGAGUGCGCGCGCCUCCUCGCCUCAGUUACGGUGGUGUAACGGGAGCCCCCUCCCUCCAUCUCUCCCUCCAUCUCUCCGCGCGCUGCUCGGCCCGGUACCGGGGCUCGGCUCUGUGCAGGACUCUAUACCGGGACACUAUACCGGGACACUGUCCCCGUCCCCGGGGUUUGCCGCUGUGUCUCUCCGCAGUAUGUGAGCGCCAUGCGGGCGGCGCGGUGCCUCCUCCUGUGGGCUGCGGUCUCCGUUACAGGCUGGAGCACCGCAUCGCGGCAAUGGCGAGAGAGAGGAGGAGGGGGAGGGGGGAUCGGUAACGGCCAGGGUGACGGGCGCGCGCUUCGUGAGGGAGAGAUCACGCGGCCGCAGCGGCUCCAUCAGCGCGCGGAUCCCGAGGGCGGAGAGCUCGCGCACGGUCGCCUGGAUACCAGAGCGAGGAGCGGGGACGCCGACGCGCCGCACCCGGUACAUCUCGCUCAACUGUCGUUCCUGGUGAAGACGUUUGGAACCUCAUUCAUCUUGGACCUGGAGCUCAACCAUGAUCUCUUGUCUUCAGACUAUGUGGAGAGACAUUUUGAUGAAGACAGAACACCGUUUAAUAAUCAGGGAGGAGAACACUGUUACUAUCACGGCACACUGAGAGGGGUGAAAGGUUCCUGGGUCGCUCUCGCUACCUGCCAUGGCCUCUGGGGAAUGUUCUCAGAUGGCAACUUUUCUUACGGGAUUGAACCCUUACCACACGUCGAUGAGCAGGUCAGUAAGAGACACUCGAUGCCCCUAGUGGAGUCCAUGUGCACCACGUGUCUAACCGCUGCUGUAGAUCGGCGUCCUCGUGGGGAUGAGCCUGACGUCAGCCACUCUGACCCUCAUGAGUCCCUUAUUCCAGCCAGCGAGCCUCUGUGCACGACCUUAACACACGUUCCAUACAGCGCCCUCUUCAAGGCAGCCAAAAAGUUGUUCAUACAGGUGUUUUGA